ACUGAACAGGAGAUCGGACCGAAGAAUUGCACUUGAGCGUUUUAACAAAAAAAAAAAGAGAUCAAUCACGGUUUAGUUAUGUUUAGACAUAAAUUCCAGAGCGGCUUGUUUUCUAUUUUAUACAGCAUUGGAAGCAAGCCGCUCCAGAUUUGGGAUAAAAAGGUGAGAAAUGGCCAUAUAAAAAGGAUUACAGACAAUGACAUCCAGUCUCUGGUGCUUGAGAUGGAAGGAACCAAUGUCAGCACAACCUACAUCACAUGCCCAGCUGACUCCACAAAAACAUUGGGCAUCAAGCUUCCAAUAAUAAUUCUGGUCGUCAAGAAUCUAAAGAAAUAUUUUACAUUCGAAAUCAAGAUAUUGGAUGAUGAAAAUAUGCAGCGCAGAUUUAGGGCCAGUAAUUACCGAAGUACCACCAGCGUGAAUCCCUUCAUCUGCACCAUGCCCAUGAGACUGGAUGAUGGCUGGAACCAGAUCCAGUUUAACUUGGCGGAUUUAACAAGGAGAGCUUAUGGGACCAACUACAUUGAAACCCUGCGAGUACAGAUCCACGCAAACUGUCGUAUUAGACGAGUCUACUUCUCUGACCGACUGUUCUCGGAGGAUGAGCUCCCGGCAGAGUUUAAACUGUAUUUGCCAGUACAAAACAAAGCAAAAGUAAGUGCACAACCACAAGACAUAAGCAUGGAACCAGGAGUAAGUGUGAGCCUUGGGCCAGAACAAAGCAAAGAAACAGAGCCGGAACCGGGCACAGUUAAAGACCUUGAACCAGGCAUGAGCACGGAGCCGGAAGCAGGUACAAGCACAGAGCCUGAACAGGGUACGAGCACAGAACCUGAACAGGGUAUGAGCACAGAGCCUGAAGCCAGUCUGGAACCGGUCACGAGCACAGAGCUUGAACCGGUCACGAGCACAGAGCCAGAUAUAAAGGUGGAACCAGGCACGAACACAGAGGGUGAACUGGGCACGAGCACGGAGCUUGAGCCUUCUAAGGAAUAAGACAGCUUGGGGGUGAGCUGUGCAUCCCAUCUACCAUGUGUUUUGCGAGGCCAGCUCGACCACUCUGUAAUUGCUGCAGAUGCGUUGUGCUGUCUGCUGUUUUCUGCCUUGAAGUCUGGGGAUUCUCUUCCUUUGCCCACCUUGCAGUUGCAUCCUAAAAGGAUGGAUGUCUGGUGGCUAAUCAAAAGCCUGUCCAGCUCCAGUGCGCUGCUUCCUCGUUCUCACAAAAGCAAAAUGCCACCCACCCUCUCCUGCCCGCUUCUCAGUGCCACCAACUUGUCGCCAUGUCACUGACAUGUAGAUAUGCAAUGUUAAAUACAAUUUUUAAAAGCAGUUUUAAAUAAUAAUAAUAAUAAUAAUACUUUUUAUUUAAAUAGGCACCUUUCUAUUCACCCAAGGUCACCAUCCAAAAUUCAAACAAGCAAUAAAUAAAUGAAUUCAAGAUUCAAAGCAGUGCUGAUAAAAUCUUAUAUUGCUUUAAUGUGUGUGAUUUGUGUAAAUUGUUGGCUUGACGAGCUUGGCUUGACUGGAACAUCAGCCGCCAAAACAGCCUUAGUGCAUCCGCAGGAAUGUAGCACUGUGUCUUUAACUUAAAAGUUAAAAGUUAAAAU